AAGGGUAAUCCUGUAAUUAAAAGGAAUCCGUUCGUUGUUGCGACUCUCCUGUACUCUUCGGCUUGGAAGCGGGCGCCGAUGCCCCGAUCGAAGAGGCUCCCAGCGGCCGCAGGCGGCGGCAGAAGGAGCGGCGGCGGCGGCAGCAGCGGCUUCCGUCCUCCCGUGGUGCUGCUCCUCUUCUUCUUUGUUCUCGCCCCUUUGCUCGUCCUUGCGGCCCGGCGCAGCACUCGCACCCUCGUUUCCCCCGAUCAAACAGGCAGUCCAAACUUCUCAAGCAAAAAGGCGGCAGACUGGAGAGAACAGUUGGUGAUCCAGCACCUAAAACCUAUUCUGACAAAAGAGGUAUUCGAAGCGAUAUCUGCAAGCCGGCAUGAGUUGGGACAGUGGAGUCUUGAUUUUCUCAGACAAAAUCAUGUUUCUUCCUCAUGGCAAGUUGAUGGAGCUGACCAUGCUAGCCAGAAUAAUCUGACUGUAACAGAUACACUUCAAAAUGCUUCAGAUGCUGAGAAAACAUCUUUCAAAAUGGGGGAUGAUGCUCGGGUUGGUUCUUUACCUACUGCAAAUAAAGAUUCUAAAGAUAAUUUAGAUGGACAUCAACUUCUUGAUUCACCUGCCAAAGUAGCUAGAAGGCAACUGAGAGAGAAGAGGCGAGAGAAGAGGGCAAUGGAGUUGGUUCAACAGGACGAUGAGGCACUGGUUAAGCUUGAAAAUGCUGCUAUUGAGCAUUCAAAAGCAGUGGACUCUGCCAUCCUGGGAAAAUAUAGUAUAUGGAGACGAGACAAUGAAAAUGAAAAUUCUGAUUCAACAGUUCGAUUAAUGCGUGACCAAAUAAUCAUGGCUAGAGUCUAUAUGGUAAUUGCUAAAUCAAAGAACAGGCUUGAUCUUUACCAGGAAUUGCUAACUCGAAUCAAGGAAAGCCAACGUGCCGUUGGAGAGGCCAAUGCUGAUUCUGACCUCCAUCGCAGUGCUCCUGAGAAGAUAAAAGCAAUGGGCCAAGUUCUGUCAAGAGCGAGAGAAGCUUUGUACGACUGCAAGGCAGUAAUUCAGAGGCUCAGAGUGAUGCUUCAGUCUGCUGACGAACAAGUUAGGAGCUUGAAGAAGCAAAGCACAUUUCUUAGCCAAUUGGCUGCAAAGACAAUUCCCAAUGGAAUCCAUUGCUUGUCUAUGCGCCUCACUAUAGACUAUUACCUUCUCCCUCCAGAGAAAAGAAAAUUUCCUAGGAGUGAAAAUUUAGAAAAUCCAAGUCUUUACCAUUAUGCUCUCUUCUCUGACAAUGUUCUGGCUGCAUCGGUAGUUGUCAAUUCAACAAUCAUGAAUGCUAAGGAGCCAGCCAAACAUGUAUUUCAUCUGGUUACUGAUAAAUUGAAUAUUGGAGCAAUGAACAUGUGGUUUUUGUUAAAUCCUCCAGGGAAUGCAACUAUUCAUGUAGAAAAUGUUGAUGAUUUCAAAUGGUUGAACUCUUCAUACUGUCCAGUUUUACGACAACUCGAAUCUGCUGCCAUGAAAGAGUACUAUUUCAAAGCUGAUCAUCCGACAACUCUAUCAGCAGGUUCUUCCAAUUUGAAGUACCGAAAUCCAAAAUAUUUGUCUAUGCUGAACCAUCUACGGUUCUAUCUUCCGGAGGUUUAUCCCAAGUUGGAUAAAAUCUUGUUUCUUGAUGAUGACAUUGUUGUCCAGAAGGAUCUGACAGCAUUAUGGUCUGUAGACCUUAAAGGCAAUGUAAAUGGUGCCGUGGAGACCUGUGGUGAGAGCUUCCACCGUUUUGACAAGUAUCUUAAUUUCUCAAACCCUCAUAUUGCUCGAAACUUUGAUCCUAAUUCAUGUGGCUGGGCAUAUGGGAUGAAUAUCUUUGACCUUAAAGAGUGGAAGAAGAAAGAUAUAACUGGAAUUUAUCACAAGUGGCAAAAUAUGAAUGAAGACAGAGUGCUGUGGAAACUUGGGACUCUUCCUCCAGGACUACUGACAUUCUAUAAACUUACACACCCGCUGGACAAAUCAUGGCAUGUUCUUGGCUUGGGUUAUAACCCUAGCAUUGACCACUCAGAGAUACAAAACGCUGCCGUCGUCCACUAUAAUGGGAACAUGAAACCUUGGUUGGAGCUGGCAAUGACCAAAUACAGGCCAUAUUGGACCAAGUACAUCAAGUAUGAUCACCCUUAUGUUCGGGGAUGCAAACUAAGUGAAUAGGAAGAAUUAGAAAGUGCAGGCCAGAAAACAGCUCCACUUGCUGAAGAAGUUAAGGUAAUGGUUUGUCCAUCUUAUUUCCUUUAAGCUGGUGAUUUGUAAUGGUUUGUCCAUCUUAUUUCCUAUUCCCAUGAAUCAAUUUUAGAUCCCAUGACGUUAUUCUCCUCCUGUGUAAAUUUCCCCCUGUUGUUUGAGCCCCUUUGGUGGAGGGAGAUUCCCCAGUGCUUUAUUGUGUAUCAGUACAUGUAGAAACUUUAUGAUGGUAAGAGGGAAGCAGUUUCGGACUCUCUUUCCAUGUACUUUCUUUUCUCUUCUUGCAGGAAAUUUUUUUGUGACAAUUUUACCUGUAAAGAAUAGUGUUCUGGGCAUGCGGAUUUAUAUUGUUUUGCA